GUUCCCAUAGUACUGGGCUCCUCUCCCUUCCGAGUUCAGCCGCCACCACGCCCUCCGCCUCCCUUCCGCCGCCACGCCGCCGCCUCCGUUCUGCCGCCGCCACGCAUCCGCCUCCCCUUGAGCUUCCUCUCCUCGCUCGCCUGGAUAAGCCGCGGCGCGGCGCUGCACCACCACUGCCCACUGCCCUACGAUCUCUUCUAUUACUACUACUCCAAGGAGGCCUGGAGCGAACUCCCUCGCCCUCCGCUCGGAAUCCCGGCGACCGGGGCAAGCCGCAGCAAAGGCUGCCUAUAUCUUUGUCCUUCUCGGGUCUGACACAUGCUUCUCUUCCCUUUCCUUCCCUUCUUGCAGUUGCGGGUCGCUCGUCUUGUGUGGGUGAGAAAGAUUAUGCUGCUGCAGAUUUCAGUUUGCGGUGAAACUGGAGUUGCAAUUCGUCCCACUUGCAGGGUGACGGAGAAGCCUUUUCUCUCGACGGCAGUGGCAGCGGACGAGCGUUUGGAGGACGGGAAGCUUGCUGUGCGGCUGUGUGCGGCUCAAAAUCAUAGCUCCUCGCCUGCUUCUUCUCGCCAAGUGCUCUCCUGCCUCGCCGAUCCCGCGGGCACGAUGAGGGUGAAGGUGAUAUCGCGCUCCACCGAAGAGUUCACGCGCGACCGCAGGCAGGACCUGCAGAAAGUAUUCCGCAACUAUGAUCCAGGGCUUCGUAGUCAAGAGAAAGCCGUUGAGUACACUCGGGCACUUAAUGCUGCAAAGUUAGAGAAGAUAUUUGCUAAGCCAUUUAUUGGAGCUAUGGAUGGUCAUAUUGAUGCGGUAUCGUGCAUGGCCAAGAACCCCAAUCAUUUGAAAGCAAUAUUUUCUGGUUCAAUGGAUGGAGAUAUUCGCCUUUGGGACAUUUCUGCAAGGAAGACAGUUUGCCAGUUCCCUGGACACCAAGGUGCUGUAAGAGGUCUAACAACAUCUACGGAUGGUGAUCUUCUUGUAUCAUGUGGCGUGGACUGCACUGUUCGACUCUGGAAAGUUCCAAUGCUUAAAAUGGUGGACACUAGUGACCAUACUAGAGAUACUUCCCAGCCAUCAGCAGUCUACACCUGGAAGCAUGCAUUCUGGGGUGCUGACCACCAGUGGGACGGUAAUCUUUUUGCUACUGUUGGUGCUCAAGUUGAUAUAUGGGAUCCUAACAGGUCGGAGCCAAUAAAUAGCUUUGAAUGGGGUAAAGAUACAGUUCUUUCGGUGCGCUUUGAUCCUGGAGACUGUAAUAUUUUGAUUACAUCAGCCAGUGAUCGGAGUCUAACACUUUAUGACCUGCGCAUGUCAUCUCCAGCUAGAAAGCUAAUAAUGAAGACAAGGUGCAAUUCAGUAUGCUGGAACCCUAGGGAGCCCAUGAACUUCACUGCUGCAAAUGAAGACACAAACUGCUACUCCUUUGAUGCUAGAAGGCUAGAUGAAGCCAAAAUUGUUCACAAAGGCCAUGUUUCAGCAGUGAUGGAUAUUGACUACUCACCAACUGGGCGUGAAUUUAUUACUGGUUCCUAUGAUAGAACAGUAAGGAUUUUUAAUUAUCUUGGUGAUCAUAGCAGAGAGAUUUACCACACCAAGAGGAUGCAAAGGGUAUUUUGUGUGAAGUACACCUACGACGGGACAUAUCUAGUCUCUGGCAGUGAUGAUACAAAUCUUCGGCUGUGGAAAUCCAAAGCUUCGGAACAACUUGGAGUUCUUCUUCCACGGGAGCGCAAAAAGCAAGAAUACCUGGAUGCUGUGAAGGAGCGAUAUAAGCACCUCCCAGAAGUGAAGCGGAUUGUGCGGCAUAGACACCUGCCGAAGCCGAUCUACAAGGCGGCCAACCUACGGCGUACGAUGGUUGAAGCCGAGAACCGGAAAGAGGAGAGGAGGCGAAAGCACAGCGCUCCAGGGAGCAUGCCCGGGCAGCCCUUCAGGAAGCGAAGGAUCAUCAAAGAAGUUGAGUAGGCGUAGGGUUUGCAGGGCCGUGCUGUUUAUGUUGGCCCCCAAACGUCUAGUUAUCGUGGAGAUUGCUGUAGUGUGUGUCACUAUGUUGAGAAUUAAUGUAUCGAUUGAGAAUUGGGACCACUAGCUGAAGUUUUGCAUUGUUGUUUACGUAUAUGCAUGGUGUAUCCAGAUGGUCACUGAAUUCCAAAACAUUUCUCCUAUAAGAUCAGAGCGAGCAUGUGUAGCCACUCACACGUGUGUAUCUCAAGGCGUAGUAUAUAUAUUUGAUUUAAC